UUGUGCCAGCAGCCUUACAAGCAAAGAACCGAAAAAACCCUUCUGAUCAGGCCCUUUAUAAGACACACCUCACCUGCACAAGUCAUUUGUAUGUGCCCAAAUCUUUCUCUGUUUAUAGCAAUUCAGGAGUAUUGACAUUUUCCUAGCUCCUCCUCCAUUCAAAAGCUUCUCAUAAAAAAAGAAUGGCCGGCGAGCAGUUGAAACCGAUUGCAUCGCUGCUCUUGGUGCUCAACUUCUGUAUGUACGUCAUCGUUCUGAGCAUUGGCGGAUGGUCAAUCAACAAAGCUAUUGAUCAUGGGUUCGUCAUAGGUCCAGGAUUUAACCUUCCAGCACAUUUCUCUCCCAUUUACUUCCCAAUGGGAAAUGCUGCCACUGGUUUCUUUGUGAUGUUCUCUCUGAUUGCUGGCGUUGUUGGCAUUGCUUCAGUCUUCUCCGGACUAAACCACCUUCGUUUCUGGAACCUCGAUAGCAUGCCCGCUGCUGCUAAUGCUGCCGCCAUCGCCUGGAGUCUUACCCUCCUUGCCAUGGGCUUUGCUUGGAAAGAGAUUGAGCUACAUAUCAGGAACGCGAAAUUGAGAACAAUGGAAGCUUUCAUAAUCAUUCUUUCGGCUACGCAGCUAUUGUACAUAGCAGCCAUUCAUAGCGCUUCGAUGAGGAGACAAAUUUGAAGCUUGAGUCACAUCGUGUGCGGAUUGUGUGAUUGAUUUUCCUCUUUUUCUACAGAAUUUAUUUCCAUUCUACUCAUUUGUGGUGUACAAAGCCAAGGGAUUGGCAGAUUGUAUUAUAUUUUGUGUGGUUUGAUUUGCAUUUGUGUGGGAUGAAUAAAGUGUCAAUGUACAAGGGACAUAAUUUAAUUUCAAAGAGUGUUUUUUGAUUGUUUGUA